UUCGGCUAAUUAGGGUUUAUAUUCCGCUUCUGUAAAACUGAAAACCUGUUUGGCUUUUCUCCCCAUAGAAAGAAAAUGCCGGGAUUGACUUGUAACGCUUGCAACAAGGAGUUCACCGACGAUUCGGAACUAAAACUCCAUUACAAGUCCGAAUGGCACCGCUACAAUCUCAAGCGCAAGGUAGCUGACGUUCCUGGAGUAACAGAGGCAUUGUUCCUAACUAGACAAUCUGCUCUUGCCCAAGAGAAAAAUAAGUUGAGCGAAACCCCGAUGCUCUACAGCUGCGGACUUUGUGGCAAGGGGUAUAGAAGUUCCAAGGCUCAUGCUCAGCAUCUCCAAUCACGAAGUCACAUCACACGGGCUUCUCACGGGACUAACCAUGAAGACGAGGAGAGGGCGAUAAUCAAGCCACUCCCACGACGUGUUGCAAAUAAGGUUCCUCCACAAAAGGAGGUUGAGAGUGAAGAAAGUGAAGAUAGUGAAGACGAGUGGGUGGAGGUUGAUCCUGAAGAAGAAUUUCUUGGGGAGGCGACAAAGUCCUUGACUGGCUUGAACGUCAAUGAGCAGGGCCAGCAGGCUUCCGAAGAUGACAUGGACGAAGACGAUGAUGAUAAAUAUGAGGGGUUGGAUCCAUCCUGUUGCUUUAUGUGCGAUUUGGAGCAUGAUACCAUAGAGAGCUGCAUGGUUCACAUGCACAAGCAGCAUGGUUUCUUCAUUCCUGACGUUGAGUAUUUGAAAGAUCCAAAAGGCCUUCUUACUUAUCUUGGCCUUAAGAUCAAGAGGGAUUUCAUGUGCUUGUACUGCAACGAUAGGCGUCACCCCUUUAGCAGCUUGGAAGCAGUUAGGAAGCAUAUGGUGGCAAAAAGCCACUGCAAAGUACACUAUGGUGAUGGCAAUGAUGAGGAGGAAGUAGAGUUGGAAGAGUUUUAUGAUUAUAGCAGCAGUUACACCAAUGAGGAUGGUAAACAGCUGGUUGCAUUAGGCGACGCUGUGGAACUUGUUGGGUCUGAGCUCGUCAUCACUGAAAGAUCUAGCACCAGAAUAUCGACCAAAACAAUCGGUUCCAGGGAGUUCUUGCGCUACUAUCGCCAGAAACCACGCCCAUCACCAGUUGGUGACAUGGCCAUAACAGCCUCACUGGCCUCAAGGUACAGAAGCAUGGGAUUGGCAACUGUGCAGUCAAGAGAACAGAUGGUGAGGAUGAAAGUGAUGAAGGCAAUGAAUAGAUCAGGGGUGGAGGCAAUGCGCACAAAGAUUGGAAUGAAGAGUAACGUUAUUAGGAAUCUGCCCAAGAAUGUCCCAUAUUAGUUGUUAUUGAUUAUUAGGAAUCUGUCGAAGAUCGUCCCAUAUUUGUUGUUAUUGAUUAUUUUCGAGUUUUAUUUCACCAAAAAAAAAAGAGAGAUUAUUUUCGAGUUUUAUUUAUUUAUGGAAUUUUUUGUUUCCAUAGGAUGGGUCUCGGUCUCGUAGCAUUGUAGCAACCACAGAUAAUAACGUAUAUAAAUGCUUUUUUUUUCCUUCCA